AUGGCUGACGCGCCAAAUGCGAACGACGAGCUCUACCCCAUAGCCGUCCUCAUCGACGAGCUCAAGCACGACGAUGUUCUCCUUCGCCUCAAUGCCAUCCAUCGACUCUCGACCAUUGCCCUCGCGCUUGGCCCUGACCGCACUCGCGAUGAGCUGAUCCCUUUUCUCGACGAAUCCGUCGAGGACGAGGAUGAGGUUCUAGUUGCCCUCAGCGAGGAGCUGGGUAACUUUGUCGAGUAUGUCGGCGGACCGCAGUGGGGACACGUCCUACUGUCUCCCCUCGAGAACCUGGCUGCUAUCGAGGAGCCCGUUGUCCGAGACAAGGCUGUUGAGUCGCUGAACAAAAUCUGCGCCGAGUUGUCACCGAAGCAAGUUGAGGAGUACUUCAUCCCCUUGACCAGCCGCCUCUCCAAGGCCGACUGGUUCACUUCCAAGAUUUCCGGAUGUGGUCUCUACACAACACCAUACAGCAAGGUUGCGCCGCCGCUGCAGGAGCAGCUGAGGCGCGACUUUGGCCACCUUGUGCACGAUGAGACGCCCAUGGUCCGUCGGCAAUCGGCCACCCACCUCGCCAAAUUUGUCAAGGAGAUGCCGGCUGCGGUUGUUGUUGAUGAAAUGAUACCCAUGUUCCAGCACCUUGCUUCAGACGACCAGGACAGCGUUCGGCUGCUCACUGUCGAAGUCCUCAUCUCCGUCGCCGAAGUUGUUCCUAAGGAACAGCAGUCGAGCCAUGGUGUCCUGCUGACUACGCUCCGCAAUCUGAUAGAGGACAAAAGCUGGAGAGUUCGCUACAUGAUUGCAGACAGGUUCGAGAAGAUUGCAAAAGCCGUCGAUGAUGAGGUGGUAUCCAGGGAUCUUGUCCCAGCGUUUGUCAAGCUUCUGAAAGACAACGAGGCCGAGGUCCGGACGGCCAUAGCAGGGCAAAUCCCAGGUUUCUGCGCCUUGAUCGACAGGACGACGCUUCUCAACGAGGUUAUGGGUAGCAUUGAGGAUCUGGUCUCGGACAGUUCGCAACAUGUUCGCGCAGCUCUGGGUACACAAAUCUCGGGCUUGGCCCCCAUCCUUGGCAAACAAGAGACCAUCGACCACUUGCUCCCAAUGUUCCUGCAGAUGCUCAAGGACGAGUUCCCCGAGGUCCGGUUGCAUAUCAUCUCGAAGCUUGAGCUUGUCAACAAUGUUAUUGGUAUUGAGCUCCUCUCACAGUCACUGCUCCCUGCUAUCGUUCAACUCGCUGAGGACAAGCAGUGGCGGGUGCGGUUGGCCAUCAUCGAGUACAUCCCCCUGUUGGCCAGCCAGCUCGGCGUCAAGUUCUUCGAUGAAAAGCUGAGCAGCUUGUGUAUGGGUUGGCUCGGCGAUACUGUCUUCUCCAUCAGGGAAGCUGCAACUCACAACCUGAAGAAGCUCACCGAAGUGUUCGGGGUCGAGUGGGCCAGUGAGGCCAUUAUUCCCAAGGUGAUGGCUAUGGGCAACCACCCCAACUACCUGUACCGCAUGACAACAUGCUUCGCCAUCUCGACUCUGGCAACGGUUGUCAGCAUGGACGUGAUUGGUAAGAAUAUCCUGCCGAUGCUGGACAAGCUCGUCGUCGACGACAUUCCCAACAUCCGAUUCAAUGUCGCCAAGACAUACGGUGUCUUGAUCGACGUCCUCCGCCGCCUUCCUGAGGAGGGCACCAUCUACUCACUGGAAAAGGCCGGCACGCCGUUCAGCCCCUCGUCCAGGGGAGCAGAGCUUAUCCAGCAGCGCGUCAUGCCAAGUUUGGAGAAGCUACAGAAGGAUGACGAUGUAGAUGUUCGAUACUUCGCAACGACGGCGGCCGCAGCCGCGUCUGGACCGCUGCCUGGCGGUGAGCCUAUGAAUACGUCACCAUAG